AUGGAUUCUUCUUGUAAAGAAGAAAAUGGAAAUCCAGUAAACAGUUCGUGGGUUCAUGGCCCUAUAAUAGUAGGUGCAGGGCCAUCAGGUUUAGCAGUUGCAGCUUGCCUUAAACAAAAUGGUGUGCCCUCUCUCAUUCUGGAAAGGAGUCAAUGCAUUGCUUCAUUAUGGCAAGAAAGAACCUACGAUCGUCUGAAACUCCAUCUCCCCAAACAGUUUUGUGAACUUCCAUUCCUUAGUUUCCCCGAAAACUUUCCUAAAUACCCCACAAAACAUCAGUUCAUAUCAUACAUGGAGUCAUAUGCCAGACACUUUUCAGUUGAGCCCAUAUUCAAGAAAGCUGUGGAAACUGCAGAGUUUGAUCAUGUUAUGCAAUUCUGGAGGGUUCGAACUCACGAUUCCGAGUAUUGUUCCAGGUGGCUUAUAGUUGCCACGGGCGAAAAUGCCGACUCGGUUAUACCGGCUAUUCAAGGAAUUGAGAAGUUUCGGGGGCCUGUAAUUCAUACUAGUGUGUAUAAGUCUGGUUCUGAGUUUAAGAACCAGAGGGUUUUGGUUGUGGGUUGUGGUAAUUCUGGCAUGGAAGUUAGCUUAGACCUCUGUAGAAAUAAUGCAAUCCCUUACAUGGUGGUCAGAAACUCUGUUCAUAUUUUACCUAGGGAAAUGUUUGGUAUUUCUACAUUUUCAAUAACCAUGGAACUUCUUAAAUGGUUGCCUUUAAGACUAGUGGACAAGUUCCUCCUGCUGGUGGCCAACUUCACCUUAGGCAACACAGAGAGAUUAGGCCUCCGACGGCCAAAAACCGGCCCAAUCGAGCUCAAAAACGCCACCGGAAAGACUCCCGUGCUAGAUGUUGGAGCUUUAUCACAAAUCAAAUCCGGUAAAAUAAAGGUCAUGGAAGGAGUAAGAGAGAUAACAGAAACUGGGGCCAAAUUCAUGGAUGGCCAAGAAAAGGAAUUUGAUUCUAUAAUCCUGGCAACUGGGUACAAGAGCAACGUACCAAUUUGGCUUAAGGGUACUGGCUUUUUUACAAAAGAUGGCAUGCCCAAGACACCUUUCCCUAAUGGUUGGAAAGGUGGUAAUGGUUUAUAUACGGUCGGGUUCACAAGAAGAGGCCUCCUAGGAACCUCGUCGGACGCCAUUAACAUUGCUGGUGACAUUGCUGAACAAUGGAGGAUACUUUAG